AUCUAAAUAUCACGCAAGGGAGAAAUGAGAGGCCAGUAUUAAACGAGACUAUAAUCCUUUAGCAAUCAUGGUGGUGCUCUCCUCUCUCCAAACGAAUCUACACUCUACUACUGCUGCUACUGCUGCCUGCCCAAACCAUACCUGCAAGGCCGUCUCGCCGUCUCUCCUUUACUUGCGCCAUCUUUACGGAAUCCCCACUAGGGCUAGAGCUCCGAACUGCAAUGGGGUCUUACUCGUCAAAGCUUACAUGGAAGAAAGCAACACUCUCUCUGGUUUUGCCAAUAAGGUCAUUGGUUCACUCCCCGUGAUAGGCCUUGUGGCCAGAAUUCUCAGUGACGAAGGAGGCGUUGGCGGUGAUAUAAUUGAUUUUGCUGAAUUUAGGAGGAGGGUCGGAAACAAGUGUUCCGUUAAUGAUUCAAGAGCCUUGUAUGAAUUUCAAGAACGACGAGGCCGAUCAGGGGACCCUUUGUAUGUGCUGCUAUGCUGCUGGUUGGCUGCAGUAGGCGCUGGUCUGCUUAAGUCGGAGGAAAUAUUGGAAGGGGUAGCUAGGCUGCGGAUAUCCAAUGACAUUGAAUUUGAAGAGGAAACAUUCAUAGCGAUGAUGAAUGAAGCAAGGGAGAAACGGGCAAAAUUAAGAGCUGCGGCCCCUACAAUCCCAAUGGAAAUUCGAGCUGAGAAAGCUCUUGAAGCUAUUUACGUCUGUUGUUUUGGAGGGGAUCCAAUAGAAGACGACGACGAAAGACUACUGUUUAUCAUGCUCAAUGCUGUCUUUCCCAGCGUAGGGCAGCCAGGGAUUGAGAAGAUUGUGAAAGACAAGAUAAAGAGAGUGGCAGAAGGAAGUGAAGAAAUCAAGUUUCCAACGCCUAAACCCUUGUCAAAAGAAGCUGUGCAGAUGCAGAUGAAGGACUUGCAAUUCCUCAAACAGAUAAACGAGACACAAUAGUCAUCUUACCUUGGUAAGAUAAUGUUGUACAAAAGUCAUGCUGCCAAUGGAUUUGAAAAUGACAAACCAUGUACUCGGAUCAAUAAGAUUUUGAAGCGCAAGAGAUUUUCUUAUGUUUUGUACCACAGAUAACAUCACGCUAUUGAUGCCCGUCCUUCUGCAAUGUAAAGGCGGGAGUCAAUUGGUGUU